CCUGCUUUAAGUCUGAUCAGUUCUGCGAGAAAGAAAAAAGGCAUCGAAAAGACUGUCUCAAGAUCUCUGGAGACCUGCUUUAAGUCUGGUCAGCUCUGCAAGAAAGAAAACAGUCAUCGAGGAGACUGUCUCGGAUCUCUGGAGGACUCCCUGCCAUCAGCUGUUGAUCUGAACACCACCUGGACAUAGAACAGAGGAGGGAAUUGCACCACAUCGGUGAAGAUCACCUACAGUGGCUGCUUGGUGAUUCUGCGGUUGCUGCUGACCAGUGCAGUCAACAGGUCUGCACCCACCUAGGACCUGUCCAUCUUCCUCCGGCUUGGUUUCGCCUCUUCUGCCCUGUAUCUGUGUUAUUGACUGAGACUGCUUGGGUAGGAGCCUCCUUGAGUGCUGGAUUGUCUUUCCAGUCUGGUUCUUUUCAAUCUCGUAGCCUAACUUACCAAAGAGUGUUGUGAAGAUCAAUCCAGUACGAGAUCUCUAGUGAAGGUUUACUGUUGUUGAUCGGUAUACAUCAGGGUUUUAUCGAACAUAUAUCAUGACUAGGGCAGAGAUCGAGCCUGGUGCCCAGGCAAAGGCUGAAAGUAAGCCUGGGGAUGAGAAUGCCAAUACCAACAAUGGCAGUGUUGCAGAGGGAGAGAAUGAAGUCCCGUUGGUGGUCAGACCCAAGGUUAGGACACAGGUAAUGCCUGGAGCACGGCCCAAAGUGAAGCCUAAGAGUACUCCUGGAGCAAGACCUAGGAGUGAAGUCAGUUCACCAGGCGGGGGAUACGCUAAAUGCAAACCCAAGGCAAUCCCUAUUUCACGGUCGAAGAAUGAUGCCCAAGUAUGGGCCCCAAGUAAGUUUCGGGCAGAGCCCAUGUCAAGGAUGGGCAAGCAAUGUCAGAUCAGUAGUGCAGACUCUCCACUGGUCAGUACUGAUUCUGGGGCUGUUGCUCAAGCUAAGUGCCUGUCUGUAGAUAGAGAACUUGGUAACAUGGACACUGAGAGUUUUCCCAAAAAGGCUAAUCCUCAAGCAGGAUUCCAGCCUUCCUAUGGCUCAGAAGAGGGAACCAGUAUGGGAUCCUGGUACCGUCCCAGGCCUAUCCCCAAAGGAGAGGCUUAUGAGAAUUCUGAAUUCAGAUGGGCAGAUAAACCUUCAGGAAGUUCCUCCUUCUGGAACAGAGAUGAAACUAGUGCAAGAUUUCGUCCUAGGAAAAACAUGAAGGCCAAUAAUAACAGGUUCAGGCACAUGGCCAAACAAGAGGCAAAUGCCAUGCCUAGACACAAAAACAAACAAGAGUUCUAUAAUAUUUCUAGCUCUGAUUCUGAGGAUGAGUCUGCUAAGACUCCCUGGUUCUGGGCCAAAGAAAAGCCCAAAGUCUGGUCUAGGCCCAAAGAAGAGCCCAACAAUAGGUCUUGGUUUAGGCCUAAGAAGGAGAUCCGUGUUGAUUCCACCUCUGGAUCUGAAUGUGAAAAUCAUGCAAAAUCUUUGUUCUGGUCUGGAGAAGAGGCCAAAUCUCGAUCCAAACCCAGAGCCAGGAAGGGGGUCAAUAUGAGGGCCAGGCACCAGGCCAAGCGAGAAGCUUGCAGCGAUGUCCUCUCUGGAUCUCUAGAUACAAAUAAAAAAGAGUCCUGGUUCAUGCCUGAAGAGAAGGCUAGUGCCUUUUCAAAGUCUAAGACAAAGAAAGAGCCCAGAACCAGAGCAGUGCCAAAGGAAGAAGUGAAAACCAGGGCCAAAGCAAAUCCCAAACAAGAAGCCAGACCGGAGGAGGAAGUCCUCAUUGGGGCUUGGUUCUGGGAUACCCAGGAGUCCAGGAUGGUAGAGAGGGUGAGCACUAAGGCCAGCCUAUAUGUAGAGGAGGAGCCCUUUGUUGGAGAUUGGUUCUGGAGUGAAGAAGAAGCCAGUGUGGACUCUGAGACCUGUCGUAAAUCCAGACCAAGGGAUAAGGAGGAACAAGUUAAUAGUUUCUCUCUAGGUUCUGGGAAGAAGAGCAGUAUGGAAAACGGACUUAAGGGUACCUCUAAGCCUAUGCCAGUAGCUAAUGAGGAGGAUAACAUUGUUGGGUCCUGGUUCUGGGCUGAUGAUGAAGAUGUCAACUUACAGGCUGACGAUGAGUCCAUUUUUGGAUCUUGGUUCUGGGGCGUUGGUGAGAACAGCUUGAGAUCUGUUGGAGUCAGUUGUGAGAAGAUGCCAAAGCCUGAGGAAAAAGAAGGUACCGAUUCCUGGUUCUGGGCUGGAGAAGUCAAUACAGAGGCUGAGGUUGAAGAACAGGCCAGGCCAGCAUCUACAAAAGGGACAAUCUUUGUGCCUUGGUUUUGGUCUGAAAAGCAGGCACAUGUGGAUUUAGGGACUGAACCUUGCUCUGACAUCAUGGCAGGAGCUGAGGAGGAACCCAUCAUUGGGCCCUGGUUCUGGGCUAAAGUAGACAAUAGUGUGGAGGCUGAAGUUAAUAGUAAGUCUAGCCUGGAGGAUGAGGAAGAGCCCAUUAUAUCCCCGUGGUUUGGGGCCAGAGAACAAGCCAGUAUGAAGUACGCAGCUGAUAGCAGAUACAAGCCUGUGGCAGAAGCUGAGGACAGUAAUAAAAGAUCUUGCUUCUGGGCAAAAGAGCCCAGUUUGUGCCCUACCAAUAGAGAAAGCUUGAAGUCUACUCUGAGAGAGCAAGAGGACACUGUUGAUUCAUGGCUCUGGUCCAAUAAUUAUCCAAGGACGGAGGCCAUUGCAGGGUCCUGGUUAUGGGCUGCAGAAGAGGGAAAUAUAGAUGAUGAGACUGGAGAAGAAAUCAAGCUACCAACUUUAGAGGACAACACAUUCAAUUCUUGGUUCUGGAAGGAAAAUGAAGAAACUAUUGUAGAGGCUCCUACCAGAGAGGAAGCCAGACCAGAAGCUGAAGAGGAAGACAUCAUUGGCUCUUGGUUUUGGGCUGGGGAUGAGGACAAAUUUCAGCCAGCUCCUGAGAUUAAGGAAGAGAGCAAGGUAGCAUCCGAAGAGGAAGAUACAGUUGGAUCCUGGUUCUGGGGCAAGGAAGAGGCCAGUCUAGAUGCAAGGAGGAGGGGUGCUUUUGAGUCCACUCCUGGAAUUAAGGAGGAGGAAAUUAUUGGGUCAUGGUUCUGGACCGAAGAAGCCAAAAUAGGGGCUGGGUCGCAGACAAUCGAAACUGGAUCAGAAACUGAAGAAGAGGCAAUUUUUGAGUCUUUGAUCUGGGCUGCAAAACAUGACAGUGCAAGAGCAGGUGUAAACCGUGUGUCCAAGCCAGAGGGUGAGGGCAAAAUGAUUGUUGGGUCCCGUUUCUGGUCUAGUGACAAGGGCACUGGAGAAUCUGAAACUGUGAUCGGUGGGUCCAAUCCAGAAAAUGAGCAAGGGCCAAAAGAUGAGGUGAUUAACAAGGUUGACAGUGGAGAUAAUUAUGGAUUUAAUACCGAAGCUGAAACCAUAGUGGGAUCCUGGUUCUGGGAAGGGGAUGAAACUACUUUUGAAUCAAAUCCCACCCCAGUGUUCAAGGCCAUUUGCGAGCCUAAGUCUCCAGCUGAGCAGGAACCUGAUCCUUCCCGCAGACCCCAGAGCUGGGACGAGGUCACUGUUCAGUUUAAGCCUGGUCCAUGGGGAAAGGCUGGCUUCCCAUCCAUAAGCCCCUUCAGAUUUCCAAAAGAAGCAGCUUCUCUGUUUGCUGAAAUGUUUGGGGGAAAACCUAAGACAGAAGGAGAGCAGGAAUCUCCAGAUCAGCCUGUACCUGAGUUCCCAUUUCAGUAUGAUCCCUCUUACCGAUCAGUCCAGGAGAUUCGAGAGCACCUUAAGGCCAAGGAAAGUGUGCAGCCUGAGAGCUGGUCUUGUAGCUGCAUACAGUGUGAUCUUAGAAUUGGUUCUGAGGAGUUUGAGGAACUUCUUUUAUUAAUGGACAGAAACCGAGACCCUUUUGUCCAUGAAAUCUCUAAGAUUGCAAUGGGCAUGAGAAGCGCUUCUCAGUUUACUCGUGAUUUCAUUAGAAACUCGGGUGUUAUCUCACUGAUUGAAGCCUUACUUAACUAUCCAUCUACCCGUGUCAGGACAAGGUUUUUGGAAAAUAUGGUUAGCAUGGCUCCACCAUAUCCAGAUCUAAACAUGAUUCAGACAUACGUGUGUCAUGUUUGUGAGGAUACCUUUGAUUAUGAGUUGAAUUCCUCUGACCAGUUGUCUGGACUGACAAUGAUUACACACCUCACUUCUACUUCUGACUAUCACAAAGUGGUUGCCAAUUAUUUGGCUGGGUUUUUCUACUUACUGAAUUCAGGCGAUACCAAAACAAGGCUUCAUGUUCUGAAACUGCUCCUGAAUUUGUCUGAAAGCAUUGUCAUGACAAAACGCUUACUGUCUACUGAGUCAAUGUCAGAAUUUAUGGCCCUCUUUAGUAGGGAGGACUCAAGUGAAAACAUUCAGCUGGUUCUUGCGAUAUUUGACAAUAUGAGCAAAAAUAUACAAAAUGAAGCACUAUUCGAUGAUGAUGAUGAUGAUGAUGAUGAGGUGAAUCUUGACCCACUUAUUUCCGCAUUCCAAGAGAUUGAAAUGUUUGCUAAGACUCUGAAGCGCAAACCUGACAAUUAAAAAUCACCCUGAAGCAGAGCAAGAGAAAUUAAUAUGCUUAACCAUUUGCUUAUGAUCGUCCUUGUGUUUCUGAGUCAAAUGCUCCCAAAAUAAUGCUUUUGCUUCGCAGCUGAUUCUGUGUUUCAGUGUACCUCUUUAAUCCUGGUGAUAAAUUUACCCAACUCUGUGUAACUGUAUCACUUUUCUGAUGCCAAAUGAAUAUACAACCGAAAACACAUUUGUUGAUGAUACUUGUUUCUUGAUUGUGAUGUUCAAUAUGUGAGUUUAAAGUGGACUGAGCCAUUGUAAAUAAGAUGCCCUUCUAAUGGUUGUUCUCGUGUAUAUCUAUUUGAGUCUUGUGCUUCAAUAAAGUUCUAUGUUAAAGUUA